ACAAACCCAAAAAAGAAGUUCUCCAUUUCUUCUUCAAGUUUUCCAAACAACAAAACCAAAAACAAAACAAAAUCACACCAAAAACAAAAAGAGAAAACAAGAAGAAGAAAUGGCCCCUUCAAUGAAAUCAUCUUUGAUUCUUUUCUUUACCUGUUCCCUUUUCCUCCAAGUUGCUCUUGGGGAGAUUAUUUGUGAGAAUUUGCCAACAAAUGUUUGUGCAUUCUCAAUUGCAUCAUCUGGGAAGAGGUGUUUGUUAGAGAAAUCAACAUUAGAAGAUGGGAAAAGUGAGUACCAAUGCAAGACAUCAGAAGUUAUCGUUGGAAACAUGAGGGAAUACAUUGAGACAGAUGAAUGUGUGAAUGCAUGUGGUGUUGAUAGAAACUCUGUUGGAAUUUCUUCUGAUUCUUUGCUUGAGGCUCAGUUUACCUCUAAGCUCUGCUCUCCUGAUUGCUACCACAAAUGCCCUAAUGUUGUUGACCUUUACUUCAACUUGGCCGCCGGAGAAGGAGUGUACUUGCCAGACCUAUGCAAGAAGCAGAGGAGCAACCCACACCGUGCCAUGAUUGAGUUGCAAAGCAGUGGAGCUGCUGAAGAUUUUGCUGAUGCUCCUGCUCCUUCUCCUCUUUCUUUCUAAAUUGUUUUUGCACCUUUUUAAUUAUAUACAUUAUGUUUUUACAAGCAGCUUGUUGUUUGUAAAGAGUUUGCUUUUAUUGUUUCUUUGGGUUUGUUGGGAUUCUUUUUCGAGAUAUUCUUGAGUCUAUUCUACUCUAAUUCUUUUUCCACUGAGAAUUGAAUAAAAGUUCUUUCUUCAUUUACAUG